UAGAAUUGGAGAUGAACGUAAUGAUGAGAUGCUCAUAUCACUCAGUCCAGACAAUAGAAGUCGUUGUCCCAAAAGUGGGAAUGCAGGCGACAAGAUUAGGUUCGAAAUAAACCCAUAGAAACCAUCGGGUUUAUUUUGGCGAGAGUGGAACCUCUCGCUUCGCCUGAUCCUCUCUGAGGUGACAUUGUUUUGAUUUUGAACGUUAUUUUUGUGGAGUAAAGAAAGACCUAGCUAGCUACUGACUGAACUAAAUAGGCUACCCAACUCCCAGUCGUCUGAAAUAUGUCUAAACUACAGUUGUUUCGUGUGUUUUUAAAUGAGCGCUUAACGACGGCUGCUGUGGAGAUUUUCGGGGCAGUUGAGAAAACGGUAGUGGAGUACCAGGAGGAGAAUGAUCGGCUACGGAGACUGUUGGGGAUCACACCGGAGAUACAACUAUGUAGAAUAGACUCCCUGCAGCUCUCUGUCUCUGAAGAGGAGGUUCCCCCUGAGCAGCAGCACUGUGAGCAGGAGUGGAGCCCCAGUCUGGGGCAGAAGGACCCAGAGACCACACAGAUUAAAGAGGAACAGGAGGAAGUCAGGACCAGUCAGGAGGAAGAGCAGCUUCAAGGGCGCUUUGAUACCAAAGACUCCAUAUCCACUCCUUCCUGUGUGAAAAGUGAAUGUGAUCAGGAGGACCCAUGUCAAGAAGCCGUACUAGCUGAAUACCCAACUCUCAGUCCACUGAAAACAUCUAAACUACAGUUGUUUCGUGUGUUGUUAAAUGAAUGUUUAACGGCAUCUGCUGCUGUGGAGAUUUUUGGUGCGGUUGAGGAAACUGUAGCAGAGUACCAGGAGGAGAAUGAUCUGCUACGGAGAAUGCUGCGGAUCACACCAGAGAUACAACUAUGUAGAAUAGACUCCCUGCAGCUCUCUGUCUCUGAAGAGGAGGUUCCCUCUGAGGAGCAGCACUGUGAGCAGGAUUGGAGCCCCAGUCUGGGGCAGGAGGACCCAGAGUCCACACAGAUUAAAGAGGAACAGGAGGAAGUCAGGACCAGUCAGGAGGAAGAGCAGCUUCAAGGGCUCUUUGUUACCAAAGACUCCAUAUUCACUCCUUCCUGUGUGAAAAGUGAAUGUGAUCAGGAGGACCCACUUCAGUCCUUGAGUCUUCCCCAAACCAAGACUGUGGAGAACAGAGAGAGAGACUCUAAACCAGUGGAUCUCACACCUUUUGUCACUGUGACCCACAUUAAGGGUUUCUACAUUCCCUGUGACCCUCCAGAUAAUCAAAACAUUGUCUGCAACCACAGUUCAGCUGUAAGCAGUGACCCAGUAGGACUUGACAACAGCCCACCAUUGGAUCCCAGCCCAUUAUUGGAUCCCAGCCCAACAUUGGGGGAACACUGUUCCAAACCCAGCACCACAUCUAGAAAAAUUCACCACUGCCGUGACUGUGGUAAAACGAUUCCUCUGAAAGCUGACCUGCAGAGGCAUAUGACUCUCCCCAAGAAGAGACCCAGUGAAUGCUGCUUCUGCAAUAAACAGAACAAUUCCACCUGUAAACUGGAGGCCCAUGUCAGACUCUGUCAUGGUGGGAAACCCUAUAUCUGCCCUGUUUGUAGCAAGACCUUCAAAUACAAAGGAGAUCUGUCCAGGCACAUGAGGAUUCACAAAGGAGAGAAACCCUUUAUCUGUGGUGACUGUGGGAAAAGCUUCAAUCAGAAGGGGAACCUAACUGAACAUGUACUGAUUCACACAGGAGAGAAACCUUUUAGCUGUGGUGACUGUGGGAAAAGCUUCAGUCAGAAGGGACACCUUACUGUUCAUAAACUGACUCACACAGGAGAGAAACCAUUUAUCUGUGGUGACUGUGGGAAAAGCUUCAGGCAUAAAGGGUCCCUUAAGAUACAUAUAUUGUCUCACACAGGAGAGAAACUCUUUAGCUGCGGUGACUGUGGGAAAAGCUUCAAUAAGAGGGGGAACCUAAACAUGCAUUUACGGACUCACACAGGAGAGAAACCAUUUAGCUGUGGAGACUGUGGGAAAAGCUUCAAUCAGAGGGGGAACCUAACCACGCAUAUACGGACUCACAGCAGAGAUAAUUCCUUUCUCUGUGGUGACUGUGGGGAAAACUUCGAUGAGAAGGGGCACCUAACUGAACAUAUACGGACUCACACAGGAGAGAAACCAUACAGGUGUGGUGACUGUGGGAAAAGCUUUUAUCAGAAGGCGGACCUAAGGAGGCAUAUACUGACUCACACAGGAGAGAAACCUCAUGGUUGCUCCGUCUGUGGUAAAGGAUUCACUCAUAAAUCUCAUCUGCUGAGGCAUGUGGAUAAAAUCCACAAGGGAAGAAAACAGGACAGAAACUGAAAGAGGAAAGAGCAUUAGGACAAAGAGAUUGUCUGUCAGGUAAGUGAAUAAAAAGGCAGGAUGUGGACAAAUCUCUUAGGAAGCAACAGUGAUAUGGCCCUCAUCAAAUAUGCAGACGAAAUGGCUCUGGUUGCUUGCCUGAAGGUUAAGUCCAUCUCCAGCUACUCCCAGUUCAUUGACUGCCUCUUGACGUGGUUUGACAAUAGCUUCCUUGACCUUAACGUCACCAAGACUAAAAAACUGUGCCUUGGAGGAAAGAAAGCUGGGGAAAUGGAAGCCCUUCUCUCGAGGAAAGACGUGGAGCAAGUGACACAUUUUAAAUACUUGGGAACAAUUUUCGGCCACAAACUUAGCUUCCAGUAAAACACUGACCUCAUCUACAAAAAGGCAAGGCCAUUUCUUUCCCUACUUAAGAUAGUAUGACGUUUUAAUGCAAGCAAACACACACUGAUCGUGGUAUACAAAUCCCUGAUUGAGUGUUCUCAAUUCCAAUUCGGGUACCUCUCAGUGAUGUUUAAUGUUUUGUUUCAUUCUGACAUGUAAAUGUUUAAUGUGUUUGUUUUAUGUGUGUUUUCAUCCAUUUAUUGUAACAGAGUGCCAACGACACAUUUGCAUUCAGUUUAAACUUAAUGGACAUUAAAGUUUGUCUUAUCUGCUUAUUUUAAAGCUAUCUUAACUCUGGAUCAUUCAUGCUUUGGGUUACAGAAAUAUAUAUUUGCGAUCAAUUGACUUUUGCAAAACAUUGUAUGUAAAUCAAAUUUGACAGUAAGUAAUUAUACACAAAGUCCAAAGGAAAUUCGACUUCCGCUUUUAUGCCAACUCCUCUGAAAAGAGACAUAUAUAUAUAUACAGUGGGGCAAAAAAGCCAUAA